GCACGGUCCAAUCACAUCUCCAUCGCUGAAAUUAGUUUUCCCAACUACCCUCGUGUUUUUUUCCAUCCUUUAAUAGAAAUAGUAUAAGUUACUAGAAUUUAGAUAGAUAUAUAGAGAGAGGGAGUGGUAUUGAUUAUUGAUCAUCAAGAACUCUAUAGAGAGAGAGGGGAGUGAGGAAAGUUGGGAUCUUGGUGAAGAUGGCGCCAUGGUUGGAGGGGCUGAGGCAGCUGAGGCCACUGGUGCACCUGUUGUUGCCACUGAUGGUGCAUUGGAUUGCUGAUGAGAUGACUGUUUCUGUGCUGGUUGAUCUCACAACUAACGCCCUUUGUCCAGGAGAGGAGAAUUGUUCUGAGGCCAUUUAUAUCAAUGGCAUCCAGCAAACUAUUACCGGAAUAUUCAAGAUGAUAGUUAUACCCCUCAUGGGUCAGCUGUCUGAUGAGUAUGGACGUAAACCUUUCCUACUUCUCACAGUAUCAACAAAUAUUGUCCCUUUUUCUUUACUUGCAAUCAAUCAAGCUAGAGGAACAGUCUAUGCUUAUUAUGCUAUUCGUACUAUUGCUAUGAUAAUAAGCAAGGGGACCAUUUUCUGCAUUGCAGUCGCAUAUGUUGCCGAUAUAAUCGAUGAGGGCAAGAGGGCUGCUGUUUUCAGUUGGAUGACUGGCCUUUUCUCUGUAUCACUUGUCAUAGGAAACUUGCUAGCACGUUUUCUUCCGGAAGAAUAUAUUUUCCAGGUGUCGAUAGUUCUGUUGACCUUCGUCCCAGUUUACAUGUGGCUGUUUCUGAACGAAACAGUGAAAUCAACUCGAAAAUCAGACCAUGAUAUUUCUUGCUUAAACAAGGCAGUUAGUAUUGUUACAAAUCGAUAUUACUUGAUGAAGAAUGCUGCUUAUAUUGUUUUUAGCAGCCCAACGCUUAAGCGCAUUUCUUUCGUCUCCUUCUUCUAUGAGCUGGGAUCGUCUGGUAUCAGCAGUGUCAUAAUGUACUAUAUGAAAGCAGUUUUUGGUUUCGACAAAAAUCAAUUAUCAGAAGUUUCGAUCAUUGUGGAAGUUGGCUCAAUCUUUUCUCAGAUAUUGGUGCUUCCGCUACUUAAUCCUUUGGUCGGCGAGAGAGUGAUUCUUUGUGCAGCCUUGCUCGCGUAUACUGCAUAUGGAUUGCUUUAUGGAUUGGCCUGGGCACCAUGGGUGCCUUAUGUGAGUACUUGUUUUGGAAUCAUCUAUGUCCUUGUCAAACCCGCUACGUAUGCAGUGAUAUCCAAGGGAUCAACUUCAGCAGAUCAAGGUAAAGCGCAAGGCUUCGUAGGUGGCGUGCAAUCCAUUGCAAGCUUUCUUUCACCACUUGCAAUGAGUCCUCUAACCACGUGGUUUCUAUCAAGCGACGCACCUUUCAACUGUAGAGGUUUCAGCAUCAUAAUCGCCACACUGAGCACGGUGGUGGCGUUGUGCUUCGCGUGGACGCUUAACCUAGACGCGCCAAAGAAGAACGCGGAGGAGCAGCAAACGGAAGAUGUGGAAACACCACUUCUGUCAUAAUCAUCAACUACUGGUGGUCUUGAGUAGGGAAAUCUACUCUUUGGUUGGAUCUCUCUCUUUCCUCUAGAAUGGAAAUGAUGGUAUUCAAGUGAAAAUUUUGAGGGAGAAGAUGGUAAGUUGGCAUGGUGUAUAGGUUGAUGGGAGAGAGAGAGAGUAGUUUGUAUGAAGUAGUUCCACUAAAAUAAGCUGUUCUUAGAGCCAAAUUAAAUGUUGUAUCUUAUGAAAUUUGAUUAUAUCUAUGAAAUUCGAUUAAUAUCUUAUUUUA